AUGCGCCAGCAUGUUCUCUCCCAACUCACUCGCUUCCGAUCCCGCUUCCCCGAAGGACAGAGGAGCUCGCCGCUAAUGGUCGCCGUACAAGGCCCGCAGGGCAGCGGCAAGACAUUCAUCACCUCACGCCUCCGAAACGCGCUCACCGCUUCACCGCACUCCCUCUCCGUCGCUGUCCUAUCGAUCGACGACCUCUACCUCCCGCACGACAGCCUCGUUGGGCUCGCCGCUGCGAAUCCGGACAAUGGCCUCUUGCAAGGGCGCGGCCAGCCGGGCACACACGACGUCACGCUCGGCAGCGACAUCCUCCGCAAGCUGAAGCGGAUCAACGACAGUGCGGAUGAGGCGGAGGUAGCGUUCCCGAGCUUCGACAAGAGCCUGUACGACGGAGAAGGCGACCGCGUAGCGGGAGCCACCGUGCGCGCGCCGCUCGACGUCGUCAUCUUCGAGGGCUGGUGCACCGGAUUCUACCCCGUCAGUGCGGAGGAGAUCGACCGGCGGUGGGCGCGGCCCGUGCCCGAUCUCGGCGCGGACUUCUUCCAACGGCGGGGCUUCAGGAAGGAGAACAUCGUGGACAUUAAUGAGCGCCUGAAGGAGUAUAUUGAGUGGUGGGAGCUGUUCGACGCGUUCAUCCAGAUCAAGCCGGAGACGUCCCAUCCGUAUUCGCACAUAUACAAGUGGCGCCUGCAGCAGGAGCACCACAUGAAGUCGCUCAAUGGUGGGCGAGGCAUGACGGACGAGCAGGUGGAUGCUUUCGUGGACCGCUAUAUCCCUGGCUAUGUCUUCUUUGGCGAUGGCAUUACAGACGGUGGUGUCGAUGCAUCAGGGGAGCGGAGACGGCCUCCGUGGUCAGGCAAGGCACUCGCGGUAGAGAUCAGCGAGACAAGAGAAGUCGUGCGCUCGAGCAAUUUCUAG